UCCUUUGUGGUCGCCUUUUUCUUUUUGUGCCCAAGUCGGUGACUCGCUCGUGGUCACGCCGAAUAAUGGAUCCGCGUCUAUUUGCACUCGGUCGCUUUUAUGUGCAUUUUCUGGUUCGAUCGAAUUGCCAUUCAGGCGUAUGCAGAGUACGCAUCUCCGGUCUUUUACUGGCGGAAAGCUAUUGCCCUUGUUUUCAUCUGAAAUUUCGAAAUUUAUUAGACUGGCUCAAAUGUGGUGGAACUAAGUUUAUUCGUGCUCUCGAUUGUUAAUUACAAGGUUGAUGGCAUUCGGUUACCGAGACACACAUGUUUGUGCGAUAUAGUCUGUUUGAAACAAAGUUUUGGCACUCCAUUUUAUUUUUAUCGCUCUCCGUCUUUCUUAUGUCAUUGUCCGAAAGUCCAGCUAUGCAAAAGUUCCAGCUGUCGAGAUAUUUGUGGACCAGAGAAAACUAUUUUUUUUUCUCUCGAUACAAACGACGUAGGAGGGGGGUUUUGGGUGGGGGAGGAGGAGUUUCAGGUAAAUUACAGCAUACGUAUAGCUGGGAAAGAGGGAAGGGUAAGGGUCGGUGUUUACUGACGAGUUGGUGGAAUCGCCGCCAUCCGGAAACAUUCUAUUGUAUAUAGCUGCGGUUAAAGCAAGCGGGCUUCAGCCGCUAGAGCGUGACUCGGGCUUCUUGCUCACCAUAUACCUUUAGAUCAUGUAGUUCUUGCAACCUGUGUUUUUUCUCUUUGCUGUUGAUUAUCUAUUACACCAAUCUACGUAUGGAUUGAGGAAGCAAUAAGUCAUGAUUCUAUUUCUCGUCCAAGCCCCGAUCACACAAGUGUAAUCGACUACACGUUUUUGGUUGAGAAACUUUGUUUUAGGAAUAGACCCUUAAUUAAUAGCAUUUAAAAAUCGCCAAUGCGUUCAGGCGAGUUGCCUCUCUUUUCACGCUAAAGUUAUCUGAUUACUACUAUUUUACUUCCUACACUUCCUAGUCCAAAUUAAUGAAAAAAAAGUCACGGUUGGGUUGGACUGAUAUUGCUCUUAUUCUUAUCUUAUCCCCAGAAGCCGCUCGUCCGCUUCAACAGACAAGGUGGAGCGUCGUAGAAGAAGAACCCCAGGGUUUUGACGGUGUGUUCUUGUUCUCCGAGUCUCAGUUUAACUUGGGAUAUUCAAGUGUUCACACGUGAGAAACCGGGAUGGAGCUCAAUUCCUGUUCCAGCCAUGACGAUAAUACUUCGGCGGCCUUCGUGCGAGACUGGCGGAUAAGAAAAAUUUCGCCUGUCAAUAAUAAGUUGACGAAUCCAGACACUGCACCGAUCGUCCGCCGGCGGACUGUUAUUACCAUCGGGUCGACGACCGAAUCGAACGGCUCGAUUUAUCAACAGGAAGAUCAAACUAUAUCCGCAUCGGAAGUGGGUGAAACGGCUUGCGGUCGAAUUAGUAUCACAGUCAAGACUAUCCCCAAGACACCAAGUAUCCGGGCGAUUCCAGCAAGUCCCACCUUCAGUCCUGACCUUCAUGCGGAAGAAGAAUGGACUGCGAGAGACACCGUCCCUUUCAAAUCGUCGUCUGUUAGCGAUCCUUCGUGGAUUUACGUCCCAUCCAAGCCGGAUCGAUCUUAUUCGUCGAAAAUUCUCCAACGGCCUCCAUGGAAAGAUGAGACAUCGUCGCAGGAUGUCGAUUCGACUUUGGCAGAUAACAAGAAGCUGUACAGGACUCUGAGUAACAAGAGCUCCUCUUACAAGCUAACCGAGAUCGACCUGGGUCCAUCGGUGGAUAGUCGAAGUGUCAACUCUGAUGGAAUAACCAGCCAAGGAUUUGAAUCGCCCAAAAUCACUUUGAAACCGACUUUCAAGAUGACUUUUGGUGACGAAACCAAGAUCCUUCGUUUGAUGGACACAACCGGCAGCGAAAAAAGUGUCCGUAAAGUCGAAAAGCUUCAGACCAAUUCCAUUUCUCGUUCUCCGAUUGGCUAUCACGAAUGGCUCAAGUCGCUUGAUCGACUUGAAGGAGAGACGUACCCCAAUCAGGCGCACUCGUCAGAUGAUGAUAAGAAGAAGCAUCGAGACACCAAAUUACUGAAAUUUACUGAUUGCCCUCUUGCCGGAAGCUCGGCCGGAGAAGUCAAUAAAUCUAGUAACACGACUCAAUCCGUCAAUUUGGUUGCAAGUUCUCCCAAGAGCAUCUUGAAAAAUGUCCAGAAUGAAUCCAACUGUGAAAUUCGUCAGGAGAAAGUUAAUUUGAUUAAAAAUCAACCUUACAAAGAUGUAGUAGCAGGAAUCGUUGGCGAAGUCAGUCCACAAGUUUUCAAGGCAUCACUGACGAAGCCCAUCAACUCGCUAAUUAAUACCAAACACGCACAAGAUUGGACUGUUGAAAAAUCCUCUUCAAGCCUUGUCAGUUUGGCUGGAAAAUCGGAUUAUACGAAAUCCAGCAAAGUUAUUCCCACCAAAGGAAAUCAAGUUGCCGCCACUCCUAAGGUUGUGGAAGAUUGUCCAGCAAACGGCUUAUCCAUUGCAAUGAAAGUGGACAGAGCCAGCACUCCCAACAGUGUGGAAAUUGUCAAUAAAAACCAGAUCAAUUCCAUGAAAUCACUCAGCUCCUCCGGCUCUUGGAAAAAGAAUUCCAACACUCAGGAUGGAACGAGCAGUCCUACCCUUUCGUCUGGUAUGGAUCUUUCCAAAGCAACCGAGCUUGUUAGACAGUUCUUCAAUACCGGAAAUGAAGAAGAUACUGAUAGCAGUCAAAGUGCUUCAUUAGUAACCGAUAAGAAGCCAGUGGACGUGAUGAAUUCCGGAGACCAAACAAUAUCCAUCUCGCACGCCUACCAAUCUCCUGCUGCGCAAUCCACUUCCAGCGGUUCUCCUGAAUAUCAACCAGGAUCGGCUCAGGAUCAACGAUAUGCUGGCCAUCAUAACCGUGGGCGAUCGCCGAUCAAAUCUAAAAUUCCGUUGCGGAUCCCUAGACCUGCGAGUAGUUCCGCUUGUUCUCAUUCCGGAAGCAAUUCAACCUUGACGACGCCAUCUGUCGCUUACGUCGAGAAGGGAAGUUAUAUUCCGACGCCGAAAAAUUGCGCUUUUAAUAAAGCCAAGUCUGUUACUAAUAUGCCGAGUAGGAUUAAACCCCCUUCAACUGGAAGCGCAGUGAGAACCAGAUCGGUGGAAAAUUUGAGGCAAACCAGCCCGCUGUCCAGUUAUGUGUUGUACAGUAAUAUUAUGAUGGCAAGAGAUGAAGAGACCAGUCAAUAUCAAUAAAGUUAAAAAAAUUAUGAAAUGGAUUCCAGUAACCCAAAUCAUGUUGAGGGUAGCAUUUUAUUAUUAUUUCCUUAUUGCCUGCUGCUGCUUCCCAUACUUAUAAGCAAUUCGUGCAUCCUGGCUGGAUAUUUGGUUUUCCCCACUUUCUGUAUUGAAUUUUAAUUUACAUGGUAUUAAUAAAAAUAUAUUAUUUCUAUGCUA